AAUUAACAAUUUUAAAUGACAGUAUUCGAAGGAGGCCUCGAGGCCCCAUCUCAUUCCUGGGGCAAGUCCAAACCGAUGAGAAAAACCCUAAUCAAAUCCUUCCCCGUUCCCGCUGCGGAUCCUUUCUUUCGCCAGUUUCAACCUCCCUGUCCGUACAGAAAUGGUGGUUGUCACAAAUUUGACCCCGUUCCACCACCUCAAAUCCCCACGCUGCACAUUAGCUCAAGAUUCUGCCUCGACCGCAGGUGGGUAUUCACUACUUCUCUUCCUCCUCCCGAGUGGAUAGAACCUUUUGUAGAUAUCUCUGAUAUAGCGUCACAUCCCAAAAAUUUGCAUCCUUCUCCAUGGGUCAAUCGUAUUCUUGAACUUUUACAUGAUUCCCCUGGCAUGGAGUCCAAUUUAGACUCUUAUUGUCACAAGUUCAUGAUUCUAUUGUCACCGAAUUUUGUAUCGUUUAUUUUGCGUUCUGAUAAGCUUCAGGGAAAAUGUGAUAUUGCUUUUAGGUUCUUUUCUUGGGCUGGUAAACAGAGGAAUUAUACCCAUAAUCUUCAAUGCUAUGUUUCUUUGAUCGAUAUUUUAUCCAUCUCGGGCGAUUUGGAUAAAGUAAAGCGCGUCUUUGGUGAAUUAAAAGCUAGAGGUUUUAUAAUGACAGUUUCUGCGGCAAAUUCUUUGAUUAGGAGUUGUGGUGUUCUUCCGAUGGUUGAGGAGCUAUUGUGGGUGUGGCGUCAAAUGAAAGAGAAUGGGAUUGAGCCAAGUUUGUAUUCGUAUAAUUUCUUGGUAAACGGAUUAGUGAAUUCAAUGUUUCUUGAAUCCGCUGAGCGGGUGCUUGAGGCUAUGGAGGGUGGAAAAGUUGGACCUGACGUUGUAACUUAUAAUACGAUGAUUAAAGGCUAUUGUAAGGGAGGGAAGACCCAGAAGGCUAUGGAGAAAUUUAGGGAUAUGGAAGUUAGAAACAUGGAACCUGAUAAGAUAACUUAUAUGACCUUGAUCCAGGCAUGUUACUCAGAGGGAUAUUUUAAUUCUUGCUUGGGUCUUUAUCAUGAAAUGGAAGAGAAGGGCCUGGAAAUUCCACCCCAUGCCUAUAGUUUAGUGAUUGGAGGGCUAUGUAAGGAAGGGAAACCUGUGGAAGGAUAUGCUGUUUUUGAAAAAAUGAUAAAAAAUGGUUGUGGUGCUAAUGUGGCAAUUUAUACAGCAUUAAUUGAUUCACAUGCAAAAAGUGGAAAUGUGGAAAAGGCAAUAGAACUAUUUGAGAGAAUGAAGGAUGAAGGGUUGAAACCAGACAAGUUUACGUAUGGUGUUGUUGUUAAUGGAUUAUGCAAGAAUGAGAGAUUAGAGGAGGCCAUGAAGUACUUUGAAAUUUGUAGAGAGAGUGGAGUGGGAGUUAAUACUGUGUUCUAUUCCAGUCUCAUUGAUGGUCUUGGAAAGGCUGGAAGGAUGGAUGAAGCCGAGGAGCUUUUUGAAGAGAUGGUUGUGAAGGGAUGCCCCCGAGACUCAUUUUGCUACAAUGCCCUUAUUGAUGCUCUUUCCAAGUGUGGGAGGGUCGAUGAAGCAUUAACACACUUCAAUAGAAUGGAAGAUGAAGGUUGUGAUCAGACUGUUUAUACAUAUACUAUACUCAUCAGUGGACUGUUCAGAGAACAUAGAAAUGAAGAGGCAUUAAAGUUAUGGGAUAGAAUGAUUGAUAAGGGUAUUACACCCACUGCAGCUUCUUUUCGAGCUCUUUCAGUUGGACUUUGCCUUUCAGGAAAGGUCACACAGGCUUGUAAGGUUUUGGAUGAUCUAGCGCCGAUGGGGAUCAUUCCUGAGACUGCUUUCGAAGAUAUGAUUACUGUGUUGUGCAAAGCAGGGAGGAUUGAGCAGGCUUGUAAAUUGGCUGAUGGGAUUGUUGAUAGGGGUCGAGAAAUACCAGGUAAAAUUCGUACUGUUCUAAUAAAUGCCUUGCGAAAAGCAGGAAAUGCAGAUUUGGCCAUGAAGUUGAUGCAUAGUAAGAUUGGAAUUGGAUAUAACAGAAUGGGUAGCGUCAAAAGGCGAGUGAAGUUCCGAAUUCUCAUUGGCAGUUAAUUCAUACACCUUUUGGGGCCAUAUUUGUUAAUGACGUUCCUUUCAGCUAAGCAUUUUGAGGAUACAAUGAUACUGCUUACUGGUUAAGACGUGCAGAGCUGAUAAUGACCCUCCUUUUUUAUCCUAGCUUUUGAUAGUUCACUUUACUGAGCUCUGCAGAAUGGAUUGGAUGAGUGAUAUAUUCCACAGUUAUUCCUGGAAACCUUAUCUAGUUCUCAUAUGCCUUGGGAUUCAACUGGAUGGCAGAAAUUCUAAUCCAGGCAUCUGCUGGAGAUAUAAAGAAGUAUGGGUUUCAUUGCAGCUGAAUCUUAUGGUCAAAUUCUGGACAUUUUUUAAUUGCAGUUGACAAAAAUGUGCAGGUAAAAUUCUGGUUUUGGGGCCUUUUGAUAUGUUGGAUGUUUGUUGCAUGUAUGAUUGCUUGCAAGAAUGUUUAGGAGACCUUGGACUGUAGUCCCUUGUGCAAGUUUUUGGUUGAUUUGGAAGGUAUUUAAGUAAAGGAAAAUUCCAAAAUUUUGGAGCGUCCUUUGGUCUAGUCGUUUUGCACCCUUUGCACAGUGUUUUUAUUUUUAUUUAUUUAAAAUGUAUUUCUUUUCUUAUAGUAAAAUACAUCUUAUUUGUUUACUUUUUUAAACGUGCAUUUUUGGUUAAAAAUUUGAAUUUGGGACAACCGAGAGAAGGAUGUAUGCACAGAGCAUAGAGUAUCAGUUUUGUCUUACUAGUACUGUAUCAAUGGGCAAAGAUAGCAUGCAAAACCUUGCACCAUGAAGUGAACUAAACCUGGUAAAUCUGGAACUCAAGAUUGAAAUGUAUGCUCAACCAUUGUUCUGAAAUCUGAAUUAUAGAAGGAUUCACUUUUAUCUUUUAGUCUUGCUUUAAUACGCACAUAUUGCAAUGGUACUCUCUUGCUUGGUGUACAUAUUUACACAGGCUGUAACCGUAUACAUUCAAAGGCAAAAUAACAGUACAAAUAAGCACUUUGUGGUCAUGGACUACUUUUAAAACUUGAUGCACGUAUUUACACAAACAGCUAAACCAUCAAUGACCAACAAUAGCCACAAAUUAAUCAACAUAUCAUCUUCAAGGUGCUACCUAUUGUUUAAGGGAAGGCAGAAUUUAAGACCUCGUAGAAGUUUUUUUGCCCAGGCUGAGAAGCAGUUAUUGUUUGCUCUUUUGCUAAUUCGGUUUUUGUUUUUUGUUUUGUUUUGUUUGUUUGUUUGUUUGUUUGAUUUUUUUUUGGGUGCUUGGAACACAACAUACUUGUGUAGGACCAAGGAUAUAUAUUGCCCUAACUUAUAUGGUGUUGAGAAAUAAAUGAGUUCCACGUAGCUGUCAGUUGAAAGGAUUUUGGUUGUCACAUGGCAGGUAUUGUCCAUCAUGCUGGCGUUGACAUGUAAUCACAGAUUAACAGUAACUUACUGUUUUUAAUUUUUUUAUUGUUCUUUUAUUUAUUUUUUUUCCAUAUCAAUUCCAGCAGUAUCUUACUAUCUUAGAUGGCAGUCCAAGGCGUCUGGGAAAUCAUUGUAUCAAUGGUUUUCAACAUGGACCUGGGACCUGAACCUGGUCCAAUGUGGUUAAGGGUUGCUGGGUAUGAACUAUGAACCACAAAUAAGGCAACCUAAAUAUUGUUCAAUUCAAUUAAGCUGUGAAUUAAACUUGGUUUGUUAAUAGUUCUUUCUGAUCUAACUUGAUCUGAUAGUGCCAGCUGGGUUCCUAGAGAUAGUGGUACUCCAGAAUCUGAUUAGUGUAUAUGAUAUCGUCAAAAUUUGAUACUUCCCACAGUUAGCUGAUCCAUCUGAAUGAUGAAUGAUGAAAAUGGUAUGGAUGAACUGCCUAUCAGUGCUCAACUAGCCAACGGUCAUGUGUAAGAGUUGGCAAUUGAUAACUUAUUUGCACUUGCACUAAUGCGGGCAAACAUUUGUUUGUUCCAUGUUCAUCAUAUGAGGACAGAAGGCUACUGGAGUUUGUAUUGUAGGGGACUUAUUCCCUUCUGGUUUUUUCCUUUUCCUGCUCCUCUUUUUGCAUCGGUUGCUGGAUGAAGAUCCUGUUGCUGAGUCAUGCUUUAGCAGUUGGAGUUGUUAUUCAAUAUUACAGAAGCAGUUAUUGCGGUGGAGAUGGCACCUGAUUUGCUCAACACAUGCGGUGGUGGAGAAUUACUGGUUGUGUGUACGUCACGAUCCUUCUCUCAAUUGGGUUCUCACAGAUAUUAAUUAGAUUAGAUUGUUUUUUGCUCUGUGUCACGGACCCCCAAAAUGGGACUCAAGUAAGGGCCGUGUGGCACUCGUUGAGAGCUCUCCCUUGACAAGUCAGCCAAGUCUCACACGUUCAAGCCUGCAAUCACGAGCACCUGGACCAGGUAACUUGGGAGCUGAUCGCGAAGGGACCUAAAGUGGGGUAAGGAUGGCUGACUAUUUGAAGUUGAUGGUAAUUUACCUGCUCACUGAAGGAGUUAUAUUAACACGAAGAGAAAAGAGAUCCAGAAGAAAUUUAUAGUGGUUGUGGCUCCUUAGUAUGAAACUUUUUAAUCAAUUGUAAUGCUAAUUAAUGGUGAAGUUGGAGAAUUUUAAUUUGUCGAAAGAGACUUAGUAAUAAGGAGGAUGACUAGUUAUGGUUUUUAUUUAGUCAAAGUUAUGUUAAGUAAUGAUUAUUGCCAAAUACAAAUUCGUGUUUCCAAA